AUGCACGAAGCACUGGGAUCUCCGCAGGCUUGCGUUUGGUCGCAGGACGACCACCUAGAGCUGGACGUACCUCUCAGUGCGACUUCGACGCUCCUGUUGGGUGAGAACGUGACGACUGGGGUAAACACUGUGGUUCCAGCAGGAAACAUCGCUUUCCUGCCAACUCCACGACUAAGCAGCCAGGUUUUCACGAGGCAGACCUUUUUCAAUACCACUUCUGGGCUGGUCUCCUCGCACGAGAGCACGAGGUCCUGUACCGAGCUGACGUUUACGAGUGUGAACUUGACUGGUGAUGCUGGACGCCCAUAUAUCGUGGAAUGGAGUUUUGGACCCGAAACUCCUCUUCCCAUGCGAAAUUCGCUUGAAGGAGUUCUCGCACGUGCCAGUGACCAAGAUUCCCUGGUCCUGAGCAUAACGGCUGCGGAGUUCAAUGCCGGUGUGGAUGCUGUGUUUCAAGAGCUCGGUGAGGUGCCGCGAGUUCGGCUGGAGAUCGUGGCGGCUGUCAGAAAUUGGCUCGGUGUGGAGACAGUGACCUAUUCCAAUGCCUUCGUGCGAGUAGACCAGGCUCCUCAGGUCGUCCUGGCAAGCUCAGCAAAUGCGACCAUCCUGAACAGCGACGAGGUUGAGUUCAGCUUGCAGACGGUCUUGCUGGAAGAUGCCACGUGCUCUGAUGCCGACCGCUACAAUCGGAUCAUCCAGGUUGAUUGGGAGUACAAGAACGACACAGACACGUGGAUCAGGCUUUCUGAUGUUGGUUCCUUAGUGGACACAGUGGCCUCGCCGUUUGUCAUCAACUUCGCACCGUUCAGCUUCGAAGCGAACUCCUCUCAUUCUUUCAGGGCCACGGCCUACUUUGAAGGUGCAUUCUCGUCUUUGCCAGAAAACACACGAGUUGAAAGCUUCAGCCUCGACGUGCUGCCUCGAUUGACUCCAAUCGCAGUGGUGCAGGGUCCGGCCGAGACGUCGGCCAGCUGUGCCUUCUUCGUUACGGCCGAGGCAUCACAAGAUCCGUCAUUGGCUCCGUGGCGGACUCCGAGCUUCCGGUAUAAGUGGACCUGCGAAUCGCAAGGAGAAUACUCAGCGGCAUGUAGCACGAUGACUGGCAACACCGAGACGCUGACAGUGCCGGGGCGCACUUUGGAGGAAGGCACCUACACCUUCAGCGUUUUGGUGUGGAGAAGCGACCAAACCGAAGCAGAUGCGGGGCAAGCUUCUGUAACGGUCACACUCAAUUUCUUUGGUCUUCCACCUGUUCUGAUUGCAACCCCGUGGCUGAACGGCAGUGCCGUUUCAACCCAAGUCGGAUGGGGUCCUUCGGGGCCGACGGCAGUGGUCUCUGGAAGCGACCUUUGCACGGUUCCUCCGCUGACGUCUUGGAUAUGGGUGCUGAUGGAGUCCUCAUCCGGCCGGAUCUUAGCUGUAAUCGAACCGGAAGGCUCUGGCAAUCAGACGUAUUCCGAGUUGAUCAUCCCGGUUUUUGAUGGCUCACAAAUGGUCCCCGGCAGCUACUACGAGUACGUGAUGCUGUUCGGAUCAAGCGUGGUCUUUCAAGACCUGCGUGGUGGAGCAUAUGCCACGCUGGCAACCGCCAUUUCAGCAGGCGGGAUGCAGGCUGUGCGCUCCAAUCGCUUCCUGGCGGAUGGACCGCCUCAGCCUCGAGCAGAAGAUGCGGUGAACGUGACGCCUGCAGAGGGCUAUGCGGUGGUGACGACGUUCGAGUUCAAAACAGAGGGCUGGCAGGAUGAACAACCGUCCUCGCUGGAAUACGAGUUUGUCGACUUUGCCUUGGAUGACUUGCUACGUCUGGCCAAUCCCUGGGACACGAAUGUCGCUAUAGCAGCUAUUGAGUGGCAGGACACAUCGAGUCCCAAUCAUUGGGCGAAGCUGAAUGGCGUGACGCUGCGUGGAUGGUCUACAUCGCCUACAGCAUCAAGCCCGAUGACCCUGGGAUCCCAUGUGACAGUCGUGCGUUCACGUGAUCAUUUGGGGGCAAGCAGCGCCACCGGACUAAUGGGGCCUUUGGUUUCGCAGCCUGUGGGUGGAGUUGACCCGAAUAUUGCGGUGGCUGCGCUGGCGAGUGCGAAAGCACAAAGCAAUGCAGACAGCAUCCUGAACGCUGUUGCAGCUGUGAGCUCGGUGAGCAUCGAUGGCGACGAGGAGACUCAGAAAGCAGUCGUGAAUGCAGAGCUUGAUGCUUUGCAGCUGGCUGCUGAAAUAACUUCUGCCGAGAGCUCGGGCCUGAAGAAGGUUGGUGAUGUUAUGGCGAGCACGAUGUCCAAGGGAAGUUCAGCUGCCGACCCGGCCAUCGUUGAAAAAGCGGCGGAGGUACUUGACACCGUGCUGGAAACAGCACUGACUCCCGGGGCGAUGAGCAAGGAUGCGGGAGAUUCGCUGCUUGGGAGCGUUGCAGCGAUGGUGUCCGGAAGCUCCUCGUCCUCCACUGGCGUAAGCGAGGAGCAGAAGGCCACGACCACUUCGAAGCUCAUCGGCCUGACCUCCAAGCUGGGACAGUCGGUCAUGAACUCUAUCGAGGUAAAUGCCACGCAGGUGCUGACAUCCGUGGGUGCCGAUGGCAAAGGCUCCCAAGUGGUGGUCAAGAAGCAAUCUGCCGAAGACGUCCAGAGGAACGGUGUCAAUGCUCAUGGCGUUUCUGUGCCCUCAUCAGCUUUAGCUGGAGCUCGGCGAUUGCAAGCUGAUCCUGCUUGUGAGACUAUCGGGUUACAGUCCACGGAUUGGAUCGGUACAAACCCUUACGCUUGGGCGAACGAGAGUCUCGGUGCAAACCGGGAGGUUUCGGAGAACGCCACGGUAACCAUUGUGGAGUUGACGAAGUGUGGUGACUCUAUCAACUUCCGGGGCUCAGCCGUCUCCGUCAGCGUGGUCGUGCCAAGCACCGAUGAUCCCCUGGCGCAGUUAAUUUGUCUGUAUUUCGACCCCAGUUCCAAUUCCUGGACCGCAGCUGAUGUGGCGCUGACAUCUGUGGAUGAUGACGGAGUAAGAGCGAGCUGCUCUUCGACCCAAGGCGGAGGUGCAUACACUGUUUUCCACAGGAACUCGAUUGCCGAUGAAUCAGAGCAGGGUGGCAUCACCUUCCUGGCAGUCGCCAUUGCUUUGCCCCUGAUCGUGAUGGGCUCGGCGGUUGCAGGAGGGGGUCUCUACAUGAUGCGGAAGCGCGUGCACGAAACGAAGUCGAAGAGCAAGGUCUUCCCGGUGGAUGAGGAAGCUGCAAAGCUUUCCAAAAGCCCAAGUUUGCGGGAGGUGGUCACGCACACCCCACCAGGAGAGCCCGAUGCAGAUCUUCCAGGGUUCGUCAACGAUCCGUCGCCGGUGGCCGCUGAGCGAGUCGAGCGAGGAAAUCAGAAGCUGCAGCUUCCAGUGGCGAUCUCUCGCGAGCGGGACGACGAUGAGCUGAGCAAUCUGAGCAAUGCUGCCAUCAGCGAGCUGCGGCGCAGGAGUCAUGGUGAAAUUCCACCCACUCCGGGGAUCCAAGAUCGACCGCCAACCGCUGACGGCAACGGAGGGCCAGAGAGUCCCAGUCCGGACGCGCUCUACAACUGGCUGGCGCAGAACGAUUCGUCCUCGGCCCAUGUUAUUCCCGUGAACGUUCCGGCGCGGAACGGCAGUCGAUCUCGCGAGCCGUCGGCGGAGAACCCCGAAAACGCUCAGACGUUCUAUCCAGAGCCCACGGAUUGGACCAGUGGUUCUGCUGCAGGACCGAACCUGGCCGUUCCUGCCCAGGCGAGAAGGUCAAGGUCACGGGAGCCUGCCACCGUGCGAGUAGUGAGAAGAGCAGAUGCCUCUUCGAAUGCUGCCUCUGCAGCAUCCUCGACCUCACCCCCUCGGAGAGUUGUGGUAGGCAAUCGCUACGAGCCCCGGGCUGGCCAGCCGGACAAGCAACCUCGGAUCACUGUCACGGCCCGGCGUCCCGUUGCAACGGCGAAGGCGAGCUCUCGCAGCCAAACUCCCGAGCAGCCGAACCGGAGCCAGGUUGUCUACGCCCAGGCGAGGCGGAGAUCUUCCAGUGCAGCGCCAUCUGGUUCAGAGGCCAUGUCUGCAGCUCCCGAUCGGCGGGACAGCAUGGCACGCAGUCAGGCCGAAACAGGCUCCACUGUGAGCACUGCACUGCGGGUCACAGCGAGACGGGUUUCGUCGUCGCGGCCAUCGAGCACUGUCCCUCAUCGAGUAGUGGCAACUUCCGUUCCGCGCGAACCCAGUUGUGUGGACAAACUGAGACGAGCGGAAGAGGCGAGUGGCUUGCAGUCGCCAACACACUCGCUGGAGUCCGGCUUCCCGACGCUGCUGCUGAAGGGUGCUCCGUCCAUGCAAACUCUGCAAAGCCAAAGUGUGCAGAGUGCGCAGCGGCAGGACGUUUCAGUUUCUUGCUAUCUCUGCGCAUGCAGAGCUGGUGGGUCUGCAGCCCGUUCUGCUCUCUCUGCUUUUGCAGAGCUGCAGGUUGGUCAACUGCAACCUCUUCAACAACACAACAUGUGA